GACAAGCUGUGUCAUUGAGUGUUUUUGGGUGUCCUUUAAAACUAUUUUCCUUAUCAGAAAUGCGGCUAUUGCUUGAUAAAAGUGCCAUUAUCAGUUCAAAGUAGCCCCCUAUUUGUUAAGUUUCAUUCAAUUAUUGAAAUCCGGCUGUUAAUUUGGUCUCAAUGUGUGAAUGCACCGACAUGAGUAUGGACCUUAAAACUCCAAGAAAUGUUUAUUUAUCAGCUUUUUAUAAAAGGAGCUUCGCCUAUCAUACGGUGAAGAAUCGAAUGCCAGUAAUCCUGACACAAAUCAUUGAUACUCUUUCUCGUACCAAACUAGACGUUGUUAAGGAAUUUGACCAGAAUUCUGCCGAAGACUUGAAGAAAGUCAUCAGCGAGCUAUCGAAGUUCAAAUAUGAGAUUCAAACAAACAAACCGCUCACCAAACUGCUGUCGGAUGCGCCUGAUAUUAAAAUAUACAACGAUUACAUCGACAAACAAGCCACUGAAGAGGGUGAAACCACGUAUUUUAACACCAUUUGGCUGCUGGUUGAAUGCUACAUGUAUAGAAGGAUUAAGGAAGUUUUCUCGCUAACUGAUUCUUUAGGCAGCUUUGACUAUUUCCGAAGUCUUAAGCAGGAGCAGUUUAACAAGUGCAGAGCUGCCACAGUGAUUUUAAGCAAACACCUGAAAGGUGUUACUGAUCGAGGGUUUAGCGACGAAAAAUUUACCCAGGAGAUGGUUUUAACUUACCUUAAGGCCAAUCUUUGGGGCAAUAAAUGCGACUUAUCGGUAACUCUAGGCAAGGUAAACGACGUCUUGAAUGUGCUCAAUGUAACCGAGAUGGACCGAUUCAUCUUGGUGGACGAUUCGCAGAAGUUUUACGACAAUCUCUCCUCAACCGAAUUUUCCACAGCGGUUUAUAUCGAUGUCGUCCUGGAUAAUGCUGGAUAUGAGCUCAUUACAGAUCUAAUUCUAAUGAGCAGUUUAUCAGCAGCAUAUCCAGGGUUUAAAGUGCGAUUUCAUGUGAAAGUUAUGCCAUGGUUCAUAUCCGAUGUGACUGAGACGGAUUUUCAUUGGACCUUGCAGGAAAUGUCCCAAAUGGAUGACGAAAUCACCAGAGCUUUUGCAAAAAAGUGUAAAGAGUUCGUGUCUUCAGGUCAGUGGUCAAUCAUUGCACAUCCUUUUUGGACUUACCCAUACGAGUAUAAAUUCAUGAAAGAGUUGGCUCCAGACCUGUACAGCAUAUUGAGUGAUUCUGCAUGCGUAAUCUUCAAAGGAGACCUAAACUACAGGAAGCUGUUUGGGGAGAAAAACUGGGACCCAACCACGCCUCCCUUAGAAGCUUUGCAAGGCUUUCAACCCAGCAGAUUGCUGACUCUGCGGACAAUCAAAGCGGACAUUGUGGUUGGUCUUCAACCAGGAGUGGCCGAAAGAUGUGAAAAAGAAGACAGUAAAUGGAUGGAAAACGGCGAUUAUGGAGUGAUUCAUUUCAUUCCCAAAUCGUAGCUUUAGUUGCGAUGUUCUAGUCUCUCAGGUUUCACAUACUCUUCGUUUUUAAGUUGCAAAAUUUUGCAUAGUGUCAGCCCAUUAUUGGAUUGUUGUUGUUUUUUUGGUGAUCCAGAUUAAUUUAUUAUACGUUUUUUGUGUGCGUGUGUUUUAAAGUAUUGCCCGGAAACUGAAGCCGUGAUGCACUUCGGCCUUUUUUAAGUAAAAAAUAAACGUCGCUAGUUAACA